GCUUUGGCUGCCACCUGCGCCAGGUCAACUCUCGCAACCAUUUCCGCAAACACCUCUCGCGCACGCCUCUGUUUCCAUCUCCCCCAUCCCCAUCCAUGGCCGCCCCCACGCGCCCUAGAUAGCCGGUGGAGACUAGUAGUCGGCGCCAUACAGUUGCUUCCCCUGCCGCGUGGGGGUCCUACUACCGUUCCAUACCAUGCGCCGCCUCCUCCUCCUCCUCCUGUUCCUGGCCGUUCUGGCGGCGGCGCAGCAGCAGCCGCAGCCGCGGGCGUCGCGGGAGGACUUGGCGGCGCUGUACUCCCUGCGGGCCACCCUGGGGCUGCGGGCGCGGGAGUGGCCGGCGAAGGCCGACCCGUGCGCGGCCUGGGCGGGCGUCGCCUGCCGCGGGGGCCGCGUCGUGGGUGUCACCGUCGCCGGGUUCCGCCGCACCCGCCUCGCCAGCCGCGCGCCGGCUUUCGCGGCCGACGGGCUCCGCGAGCUCACCGCGCUCGAGCGCUUCAACGCAUCCGGGUUCCCGCUCCCGGGUCCCGUGCCGGCAUGGUUCGGCGCCGCCCUGCCGCCCUCGCUCGCCGUGCUCGACCUCCGCUCGGCGAGCAUCAAUGGGACCCUCCCCGCCGAUCUCGGCGCGUCCGGGAACCUCACCGGCUUGCUCCUCUCCGGGAACCGCCUCGCCGGCCCGGUUCCUCCGUCGCUGCUCUCCGUCAGAGGCCUCCGCGUCCUUGACCUCUCCGGGAACAAUUUCACCGGGGAGCUGCUGCUGCCGCCCAACGUCUCGGUCGCCGCCGCCGCCGGGACUGGUGGAGCAGGAGGGUUCUUUAACGUUUCGGGGAAUUCUUUGUAUGGUCUUGCCGGCGAUGCCAUUGGGGUGCUCAAGAGAAGGUUUCAGGUGGUCGAUGUGUCCAACAACUACCUCGAUGGAAUUUGGGAUGGAUCCGAUGCAACAGUGGAUGUCAGCAUGAAUUGCUUCUCUGGUGUGCCUGGUCAGCGCAGCAGGGCUGAUUGCGAGGAGUUCUAUAGGAGGCAAGGGGUGGAGCUUUCCAAUGUUCCAGUCCCCUUACCUUCUCCACAGCCAUCACCGGAGAAGAAGACUAGUCGGAGGAUCUCCAAGAAUGUACUGAUUGGGGUUAUUGCAGGCGCGGCAGGGUUGGUGGCUAUUUUUCUGGCUGCAUUGCUGUUCUGUUUUAUGAGAAGGAGGAAGCAAAGAGUUGGCAGGAGAGGAGUGGAUACAAACGAGGAAGGCGCACGUGGAACGCGUAGGAGGGACAGCAGCGUAAAUCCGGUGGCGUCAUCUCCGGUAGCAGUGUCCCCGAGAGCUGACAAUACUCAUAAAGACGAGGUUGCCGUUUUUGGCGAGCUGACCUAUGAGCAGCUGGUCCACGCUACCGGGGGAUUUAGUGACGGCAACCUCCUCAAGCAUGGGCAUUCAGGAGAUAUCUACCAUGGUGUCUUGGAGAACAGCUCACACCUCGUCGUCAAGAAGACUGGUGCAAAGAGUAUCACCAAGAACGAAUUGGACUUCUAUUCGAGGUACUCGCAUGAGAGGAUUGUUCCGUUGCUAAGCCAUUUGGCCAAGGAUGACGAGGAAUUUCUGGCCUACAAGUAUAUGCCAAAGGCGGACUUGACAGAUGCGUUGCACAAGAAACCUCCUGUGGACACCGAAGAUGGCUUGCCCUCAUUGGAUUGGAUAACUAGACUGAAGAUUGCUAUCGGUGUGGCUGAGGCCAUGUGCUUCCUUCAUGACGAGUGUAGCCCCCCUCUAGUUCACAGAGAUAUCCAAGCUAGCAGUGUGCUUCUUGAUGAUAAAUUUGAAGUGCGACUCGGAAGCAUGAGCAGCAUAUGCGCUCAGCAAAGUGCGGGAAGCCAGAAUGUUUUCUCUCGAAUACUGAGAUCAUCAAAGUCCCUUGACAAGAACACAUCAGGCCCACCAGCAACUUGCUCCUACGAUGUUUACUGCUUUGGGAAGGUGAUGCUUGAGUUAGUAACUGGCAAUUUUGGUGUGAGUGGAUCUAACAAUUCUGGCUCCGAGGAGUGGUUGGCCAACAUCAUAAAUCGCAUCAACAUAAAUGACAAGGAUAGCAUUACAAAUAUCAUUGAUCCUUUGCUCAUCGUCGAUGAGGACCAUCUUGAAGAAGUAUGGGCAGUGUCGAUUGUCGCAAAGACAUGCCUAAACUCAAAACCAUCGAGGCGACCCUCUGCUCGCUAUGUUCUGAAAGCCCUGGAGAACCCGCUAAGGGUGGUGCGAGCGGGUUCCCGUUCAAACUCCGCAAGGCUCAGGAGCUCAUCAUCCCGAAGCUCCUGGCAGUCUGCUUUUCUGCAGGGAAAUCGGUACCAGAGCUACGAAGCCAUGUCGCCGUCAGGGCGAAUGCUGGACCGCAGAGGUUCAGUCAGAUCGCAUGUCAGCGGGGGAGAGGCUUCCUCGUCCUUCAAGAGAGCUGUGCGGGAGAUCCCUUCGGACCCGCAAGUGGUGGAAGAGGAAGUUGCUUUAUAGGAAGAAUAGAAAACAUUCAUCUGGGAUUCGUUUCAGGCAUUCCUGAAUUCUUUGUUACCUGUGUAUAAUCGUCAUCUGAUGUGCAUGGCUUGGGUUUCUCAAACGUGAGAAAAACUGUGCAUAAAGAGGGUCGUGGUUUUCUUUCUUCUCGUUGGGGACAUGGUCCGUGGUGUUUUCAGAGUGCACAUAGAGGGCAACAAUCAGCCUGACAUAUGGAAUUCCUUUUGUUGACCAAAUGACAUUAAGUUUGACAUGAUCUGUAAUACCUAAUCUGACAGGACAGAUAAACUUUACUUUGGGCCGCCGAAAGGGACAUGUUUUUAAGAUGAACAGAUGCAUGAACCUGUGUAA